AAAGACAUGGACAUGAUGUGAGUGUCAGCGGGAAACAUCAGCCCAGAAGGAGCGAGGCAAAACUUGACGAGAGGGCGUGGCACCCUAAUCCAGAAGGAUCCUGUCAAUCAGCCUCAGAAUAAUCUGCCAGGCACAGGGAAUAUAAACAGACACAGACCAUGAGCUCCAGGCCAGAUUCAGAAUCAGAUCAUCAUAUCAGAUAAAUUCCUAUUUCCUAUUUUUACUUCAGUUGGAAGAUUAUUAAACAAAACAACAAAACGGACUGCUGCUGAGAAACAUGGCUCUCCUGAAGUCAGGCUGGCUGUGGAGACAGACCGCCAUCCUAAAGCGCUGGAAGCUAAACUGGUGCGACCUUUGGAUAGACGGGAGUCUGUGUUUCUACAAGACUGACAACAGGCGAGAAUUAGAUCAACGUGUUGGCCUCAAGAUAACAUGCAUCGAUGUUCACUCUGGCCUGGAAUGUGGAGGUGUGAGCCCACCAGAGAGUAAUCCCAGGGAGAACCUUAUCACGGUUCAUCUCAGAGGUGGCUCAACGCUCAACUUGUGUGCAAAUAGCGAAGACGAAUCUCUAGCAUGGAAACUAACUCUGCUUGAAACCCGGAGAAGCCCGGUGUUCACAUAUGACCCCUAUGAUGACUCCUACCAGGCCAUCCCCCUGAACGGCUACCACACUGUCUAUAUCACACCUGGAGCAGGACCAGGAACCCACCAGGUGGUUGUCCAGAGAGAUCCGUUUGAUGGAGUCACAGAGAGCAUUGCACUGGGAUUACUGGCGGGAAUGGCAGCCGGGGCAGCCAUGCGAUCCUUCCUCUGGAUGCCCUUCUUCUUCUGCUGAGAUGUCCCUGAAGCCACCACACUGCACCUAUUCUGCGUCUCUGCCCCAGGAGGACUCCUGAUGAAAAUGUGUAGAAAAGCUUCUUUAUCAUUGUUUGGUCUGCUUUUCUUCUCAGAUGCAGUUUGGAAUCUGAACCUGCUCAGGCUGCUUGUUUAUUCAGGACAUUACAACUACCCAAAGGACGUUUCUAAAACAACAAGCCAGUUUUGUAUUUAACAGUCUUUUAUCUGUUGUUUCAUAUUUUGCAAGCUUAAAAACACAAUAGUUAAUUAUUGUAUUGUUCUGUAUUAGAAAAUAAAUUGCACAAUUAAAACAAAUGCUACUUUG